AUGACAUCCACGAAGAUGCCAAGAGGAUGGGUCCUGUCACGAGCAGUGAUAUCGUCGCAGAGAUCGCGGACGAGUUGCAUGCAAGCAUCUCUUACACAGCCACCCAUUCCACUGCCCCUGUUGCCGAAUACCAGGAUGGGGAGGACUUUGUCCAUCUCACAAACAAUCAGCCUCUUCACAGCAUCAGCACGAACACAUACAUGCCAUGCAACACAGAAACGAGCAAAGGUGAUGAAACAGCCACUGACAGCGACACACGUUCGAGAGGAUCAAUUGACUUUCCUGCAAGCCCCUGAACAAGCAUUCGAGCUAGUGGAACCGAGUGUCACACAAGCUCCAUACAAGUCUUACUCCAACUACCUCCUUGGUUGCGUCUUGCAGCAGGUGUUCUUGAAGUGCUGGCACACCUACAGCAGUGACCAAUUCGAAGGUUCAGAACGAUCUUGUCACGAGCCGGACUUGCAAGAUCAACUUUUCGGGCGAGGCCCGUCGGGAGUUGUCUGCGCAUGCAGCAUGGGCCAGACGGCUACUUUCGACAUGAGGGCGUGGUUGACAUCUAUCAAAUGCCCGUGCUGUGCUUUUGGUGCGGUCUUCUCACCGAUGCGGUCAUGCACGAGGUGA